AUGUCUGAGGUCAACUCAAAGCUUGGUUCUGCUGAGCAGGUCCCAGCUACGUCGCGCCCCUUUACGAAGCCAUUAACCGCCUCGCCACCCACGAGGCAACACUCGAAGUCCAUGCCCUCGACUCCGUCGCAAAGGCCGCAUCCCGAUAAUGCCUCCGAUCGAUCCCCUUCCCUCCAUCGUAACCUCAACAACAUAUCACCUCGUUCAUUACAGUCUGAUCCGAGUCACAGCAAUCUGAUCCGAAGACCACCUCCAGGUGGCUGCAAGUAUGAGACUGGCAUGGCCAGAGCCAGACGGCGGGUCCCAUAUUCCCUCGGCCCGGACAAAUUGCCACCUGACUCGACAAACGCCGCUAAGCAGCUCAGUCACGACCGCGAGCAAUGCUUGACAAGAGACAUGCGCGAAUUGUAUGGUCAUCUAGUCCCAACCCUGGAGAGUGAGGACCGUAGGAAACGCUUCAUCGCGAAGCUAGAGAGAAUCCUCUGUGAAAAAUGGCCCAGUACUUCUAUCAAGGUCAAUGUCUUCGGCUCUACCGGGAACAAUUUGGGGACUUCGGACUCUGACGUCGACAUCUGCAUCACCACAGAUAACAAGGAGCUGCUGCGGGUUUGUUCGAUUGCCGAGUUACUUGCGAGCAAAGGUAUGGAGAGGGUCGUCUGCGUUUCGAGCGCAAAAGUGCCAAUUGUGAAGCUUUGGGAUCCCGAGCUGCAGGUUGCAAGCGAUCUGAAUGUGAACAAUCCCAUUGCACUGGAAAACACUGCUUUGAUCAAAAGUUACGUGGACAUCGACGAGCGGGUCCGGCCUCUGGCCAUGUUUAUUAAACAUUGGGCGAAGCGGAGAAUCCUCAACGACGCCGCCCUCGGAGGAACCCUGAGUUCUUAUACCUGGAUAUGCUUAACAUUGAACUUUCUGCAGACACGACAACCCCCUCUGCUGCCAUCACUACAGCGACAGCAUGGCCUUGAACCUCGAUUGUUGGAUGGCGUGAAUGUCACCUUCGACGAGAAUGUGUCCAAGUACUCGGCAUUUGGUUCCGAGAACCAUUCUUCCCUUGGGGAGCUAUUAUACCAGUUCUUCAGAUAUUACGCAUACGAGUUUGAUUUUGAUGAGAAUGUCGUCUCCGUGCGUCAGGGAGGUUUGAUAUCGAAGUCAUCCAAAGGCUGGCACAUGCUUCAAGACAACCGCUUAUGCGUGGAAGAGCCUUUCAAUACGAGUCGAAACCUAGCCAACACGGCAGACGAUACCUCAAUGAGGGGAAUUCACCUUGAGCUUAGAAGGGCCUUCGACUUGAUCGUUGACGGCAAAGUCGAAGAGUGCUGUGCGCAGUACGAGUAUCCUCCGGAUGAAAUCAAGCCUUCCGAACACCUUGUACUUCCUCAAUCGAGACCAGUCAACUUGCAAGCUCCGCAACCACAAUCUAUUCGGCCGGGCAAGGGCAAUCGACAGGGUAGGAACGCGGCGCACCUGAAGGGCAGCGUGGCUGCAAGGCGGUCUUCCAACCCCAUCAACCGACAACCGAUUUACCUGCGCAAUUUGCCAUUCCAGAUGACAACGCAGGAACUACAGAGUCAGGCAUUACACCAGCAACACCUCCUGCACGAUCAACUAUUCCAGCAGUACCAAUACUUGCAGCUUCAAGAGCAGGAACUGCGGGCGAGGCUCAAUCAGCAAAAUCUACGACAGCAACAUCUUCUGGCACAGCAGCGCGGCAAUUACUCUGGGUCGGGCACUCUCUACGGUAACCAGGAGGACAAUCUGGACAGCAUCACAGCCGCAGCCUUCAACGCGCAGCAUCGUGGUCCCUUGUCGGCUCCGCUGUAUCAAGCGCGGUUCGGCGCACCCUCGCCAUUCCUUCCCCCAUCAUUUCCUGGUAACGGAGUCACCACGAAUCCAUCUUCUCCCCAUUUAUCGCCCGCAACGCCCGACAGCAGAAGAUAUUCCCGACGCACCUCCGUUGGGCCGUCUGUCACGGGUGGAUCGCUGCGUGCGCAGUCGCAGCCGGCUAGAGGUCUGGUCAGCUCGAUGUCCAUGACACACCUGCAAGCUGCACCAGAGAUUCCAGACUAUUCCAGCAGCCGAAGAUCGUCGGCCUCGGCGACGACCCACGAAAGUGGGCCGACUCUCAGUAGCCAACGCAGUCAUGGUGGGAGCUAUCACGAUGCCAAUCGCAAGCCAGCCGAAUAUGUCGGUUACUAUGUCGCGCAUUCACCUUCGUUGUUGGGAUAUCCACCAAGCAAUACGAUCUCACCCCUUCCGUCGCACGCUGGGCUUGCGAUUCAAAACGGAGGUCUGUCGCCCAGGACCAUGUCACGUUCGCCACAAGCUUCCACCGCCACAACGGGGACCACCAGCCCUGUCAAAGAUCUUGACGCGAGAACGCCAAGUCGGGAAUCUGGGGCCACCGUUACCCGCACAGUUGAAGCAAGUCGCGAAAAGACCAGCUCGCCAGCUCGCAGCCAUGCACCGUUGAUCGUCGAUGGCUCGGUGCAUUCCCCACGUCGAAGAAGGGCCAAUGGUGGGUCUCGAGAGGAGAGCGAGGAGCAGAUGACGUUCAGCGGGUCGACGUCAGAAGAUUUCGCUUUUGACACGCCCUCGAGCUCGGAUGACGCAGAUGAGACAGCGACGAGCCAUCUAACUCAGGGCGGGCUUCGGCCCACCGAGGUGCCAAGUUACCCUGCUCCUCUCACUAACGGGCACGCCGUCAAAUAUCCACAAGUCGUUUCCGACAUGGGGACAUGUGAAGAGGCGACGGCAGUUACAGAGCAACCACACUAUGCCGGUCAUAAGCCGAGUCACACAGCGUGGUCUUUACCGCGACAGCUCAGUGCGGUGCAAGAGGUCAGAACACCGUCGCCGGGAUUUGAGUUGUCACCACCUAGCAUGGGGUCACCGUUUGUGGGGGGAUCGCAAAGAGAAGGCAAGCAGUCGCCGCUUGUGCCCAGAGAGACGAACAACACCGGGCUUGCGACGAGAACCAAUGGCGUGACGGCCGUCUCGAACAAUGCUAGCUCAUGGCAGACAUCGAGCAACCGAAAGAAGCAUCGCAAGAAGAAGGCAACCAAGUCGGAGAAUGAUGCAUCAACAACCAAUGCUUCGGGUGGGGACUUUCUUCCCGUGGACGAAGCGCAGCGCAAGGGUGGAUGA